GGCAGUCUGAUCCUUCCUGCUGCACAGAAACACACUGAACCAAAUGUUAAUAUGACACUAACGUUGACCAAACAAGGAAGGUGACGCUGUCUGGACCAAUGUUCACGUUCAGGUGCAUUUUGGGAACAUCUACAAAGUAUUUGACCUCUCUCUCAGCUCGGAAAUACAACAUCAAGCUGCAGAUCAGGAUGUCCUCUUUACCUCACCACCCGCUGGCUGCAGUGUGUCAGGUGACGGCCACUCCGGACAAAGAGGCCAACUUCUCUGCUUGUAAAGAGUUAGUGGAAAAAGCAAAGCAGCGAGGGGCGAGCAUGGUGUUCCUGCCUGAGGGAUUCGACUACAUCGGGUCCAGUCGAGAGGAGACUCUGUCGCUGUCUGAGAGCCUGACAGGAGACACGAUCUCUCGAUACACUCAGCUGGCCGGGAAGUUGGAGGUGUGGCUGUCUCUUGGAGGAUUUCAUGAAAGAGGACACGACUGGGAGUCUGACCAACGAAUCUACAACAGUCACAUUAUAAUUAACGAUAAAGGUGACAUCGUUUCAGUCUACAGGAAGUCACAUCUGUUUGACGUGGAGCUGCCAGAAAAAGGUGUAUCCCUCAAAGAAAGUGCCUUCACCAUCCCCGGACAGUCACUAGUGUCUCCGGUCCAAACUCCAAUUGGAAAGGUCGGUUUGGGCAUCUGCUAUGACCUAAGAUUCCCCGAGUUAUCAAUGGCUCUGCAGAGGCAUGAAGCAGAGAUCCUGACAUACCCAUCAGCCUUCACGGUAGCAACAGGAAUCGCUCACUGGGAGGUCUUACUCCGUGCACGAGCUAUCGAGACCCAGUGCUUCGUCCUGGCUGCGGCGCAGGUUGGACGACACCACGAGAAGCGUUCGUCAUAUGGUCACGCCCUGGCGGUGGACCCCUGGGGCGAGGUGCUGGGCGACUGUGGAGGAGAGAACCCAGGCAUGGUGCUGGUGGAGAUAAACCUGGAGAAAGUGAGCAGCACCAGGAGGAACAUGCCGGUCCAGCAGCAUCGCAGAGACUCAAGUUUCUAUCACAGUCUGGAGAAGACUUAAAUUAAAACUGUCUGAAUACAGAAGACAAACUGAAUAGAGAUGACUAGCUAAUAAGGUAUUGAAUCUUUGAUGUUGGAUUUAAUUCUUAUAUAUUUCAUCAUGAACAGAUUACGAGUUGUUGAGGUUUCUGUCAGGUCAUGAAGUGAAGAAGGGAACAUCAAAAUCAAUCUCAGCUUGUUAGGAAGCAUAAAUAAAUUAAAGAUUUUAAUGAAAAAAUAUGGAGGUUCAAUCUCGGAGUAACUGUUAUGCUCAGUAAGAAUGUGAAUGCUGAUUAUUAGCAACACUUAAAUAUGCUCAUAAUCUCAUUUCCAAAUCAGCUCAGACCUUCAGCUCAAGUCUGUAAAUGAUUUUACUCACAUUGGUCAAUAGGUGGUGCUGUUAGGUAGUGAGAACAGAAGAGGAAGAAAGUGGAGGAAAUGCUUUGAUGUUUAAUGUAGUAAAAUAUUGCUAUUCUAGUUUAAUUCCUGAUAUGCAUCAAUCUAUGAAAAUGAAUGUUUGUUUGUUGUUGUGGUGAAAGAAAGAAAAACUCAUCAUCAAAACUUCACUAUUUCCUUUGCACAAUUGUUUUUAGUCUUUAUAUUGGACAACAAAAACUCAUUAAACGUGAAUAAAAAGGCUCUGCACACCCACACAGGUGUUUUUAAUGAUGCUGUCUAAUUAGAUAUAUGGAAGAUGGAUGGAAGGAGGGUGGAGCUACGAUGGAAAUUAGACAGUCUGAACAAAAUCUAU